GCCAUAACACCUGCAGUUGUCCUUGGCGCUGUGGGCACGACGAUUAUUAGUAACGACGUCUUUAGACGUUCUUGGCAUUCAAAAGGUUAAAUUCGUUUUUCAUAUGGUAAAAGCUAAAAUAUACUUACAUAUUUUUUCAAUCAGUUUGAAUUACAACAUAUACACGAUAGGUAUUCUUAACACACUCUUUACCUAUUGGAAUCAUUCAUUCAUCAAUUCUGCAUACGCCUCCUCAUUUUCUUCUGAUAAUUAUUAACUAACACAAUCAAAGCCUUCUUCUAUAUAAUUCCAGUUUAAUCUUGUCUUUCGAUGAAAUAAAGUGUUACUCAAAGAUACUGAUUCCUUGUCUUUAUCAAAGAAAUUGAUGUUAUAACUUUUUAUACAACAGGGAUUUAUAUAAUUAUGAAAUGCAAAGUAAAUCGAUGACUGCAGGUUUUCUUGUACUAUAGUCAUCUCAAUUACUAUAAAACUAUAACAAUGUAUAGUUCUCUCACAAUUUUUUGUGCUAUUUUCAUAUGUUCAUCUUUUAAGUUAUCAAUUUCGAAAGAGAAUGAUAUAAAAGUGAUAGUGGAUGUAAUUCAAUCAUUUAAUAAACCAACUGAUGUGAUUUCAAAUGUAUGCUGGACAUAUAUCUAUAAAAAGAAAAUAACAGCUAAUCUGGCAGCGGCAGACAAUCCAAGAUCUAUAAAAUUUGUAAACGACAUACAUGCUAAAGAUCUGGUUCAUCCAGAGAAGGUAGUAUUUUUGAUAGACGUCGGUUGCAAAGAUUCAGGAGAGUUUUUAAAUAAAGCUGCAUCUAGGAAAUAUUUUGGGAGACCUCAUAGAUGGUUCAUAAUUAACACACCAGCUAAUGAAGUCAGCGUACCACUAGUAAUAGAUAAAAUGCAUUUGCUACCAGAUUCUGAAGUUUAUGUCAUGCAGUUAAUAAAUAAUAGCUACAGUAUUAAUUUGAUAUACAAAAUAAAGCCAAACCGUGAAUGGAUAAUCGAAAACUACGGGAACUGGUCGACCGAAAACGGUCUCACCAUUUCAAGACGCGCCAAGAAGGUAGCGUUGGUCAUGAGACGAAGGAAUCUUGCCAGGGCAAGCAUCGUCACUUCCAUGGUUAUUACAGACAACGGUUCCUUUGCUGAUUUGGAGACCUUACGGUACAAGCAAAUAGACUCAGUUACAAAAGGCGGUUUCCGCCAGCUGACUGCACUCUAUGAGUUCAUGAACGCGAGCAGAGAGUUUGUAUUUACGGACCAAUGGGGACAUCACGUCAAUGGGACUUGGCGUGGAAUGGUCGGACAUUUGGCUGAUGGAACAGCAGAGCUUGCAGGCGCUAUACUAUUCAUAACGAAAGAACGUAUGCCACUUAUAGAAUACAUGUCUCACCCCAUGGAAUCUUCGAUCAAGUUCUUAUUCCGGGAGCCACCGCUGUCCUAUCAAAAUAAUUUGUACCUCUUACCAUUUCAAGCUUCUGUAUGGUAUUGUGUAGGAUCAUUUGUACUGGUCCUGAUUUUUGCCAUGUAUUUUAGUGCGUAUUGGGAGGCGAAGAAGGUAGCAGACGAAAAGCAGAAAGCCGACGAUACAACAGUCUUGGUUCCAACUAUAAGCGACGUGACGAUUUUUGUGAUGUGCGCAAUAUCUCAGCAAGGUAGCACUGUGGAGUUAAAGGGUAUGCUAGGCCGCUUCAUGAUCCUAAUCCUAUUCCUAGUAUUUCUCUUCCUCUACACGGCGUAUUCUGCAAGCAUCGUGGUCCUGCUGCAGUCUAGUUCGAAUCAAAUACGUACACUCACUGAUUUGCUUAAUUCCAAACUGGAGCUUGGGGUUGAAGAUACGCCUUAUAAUAGAUACUGGUUUAUGAAUGAAAAAGAACCGAUAAGACGAGCAAUAUACGAGAAAAAAAUAGCUCCGAGUGGAUCAAAACCGAAGUUCUUUGAUCUGACCGAAGGAAUACUGCAGCUACAAAAGAAACCAUUUGCCCUCAACUGUAACCUGGGAGUUGCAUACAAAGUCAUGGAGAGAUAUUUCUAUGAGCAUGAAAAAUGUGGACUUCAGGAAAUUUCAUACCUACAAAAUAAUAAUCCAUGGCAGGCAGUUAGAAAAGGGUCACCUUAUCGAGAGAUUUUUAAGAUAGGCCUCCUCAGAAACGCCGAGUUCGGCCUAAACGACCGCACCAACCGCAUCAUGUUCUCCAAGAAACCGGUCUGCUCCGUCCGCGGAGGCAGCUUCGUAUCGGUGUCACUCGUCGACUGCUAUCCUAUUCUAUUGCUUCUUCUAUAUGGGAUGAUACUAGGAGUGAUGUUGUUGCUGGUAGAGAUAUUGUAUUAUCGGAAGAUGAAUACGCGACCUUGAAGAGGUGGCAACAGUCAAGGACUACUUGUAGACACCACACCUCGGUCUGAGCUUACUGACAUUAUGCAAGAAGCUUAAGUGUUGUAAAUUCAAGAAAGUCCACGGAGGCAGCUUCUUGUCAGUAUUUCUAGUUGACCGCUAUCCUAAUCUGCUUGUACAGCUUGUAUUUUUAAUUCAAACGCAAAUUGAGAUGGUGUAGGUUUCAGUGCCAUGAAACGAUUGUAAAGAUUUUUUUUAAUUUGCCUUAACUAACAGAGUACAAUAUUUUUUUCAUCAAGCGGCAUCGUAUUGCAUACAUACUACAUAUUCAUCAGUUUUGACAGUUGAGACGUCACGUCAGUAAGUGCGACGUUUUAUAUAAAAACAAAGAAAUUCAAAAUUCAAAAUUCAAAAUCUGAUUUUGACGACUGGUAGAGGAAAUAUUGGUAAAGUGGAUUCAUGAGCAUUUCAACGCAGAAAUUUAUAACAAAUAACUGAUUCUAUAGCAUGUGCGUCACCAGUGGGCAAGCACAGUCGCAUUUUUAUCGCCUGUAACCAUGCCUAUGUAGUGUGUGCACCGUAGACCGCAUCAUCACUUACCAUCAGGUAAGAUCGUGGUCAAACGUAUGCCUAUGCGUAUGCUUAGUAUAGUUAUACACGUGCAGUACUACGCUAUAUGCACGUGUGUGGGUAAGGUGUAGUACACACACUACACACAAGUAUGUAAAUGCUAAAGUGACAGGCGUAGGGACAGGUGAUUAAAAUUCAACCAUGCUGCCACCGCAGGUCUUUCUUUUUUCUUUUUUAUAAGAUAGGCAUACGUUUGACCACGAUCUCACCUGAUGGUAAGUGAUGAUGCGGUCUACGGUGGAUCACACUUACCUACGAGACCUAUUUACUCUUUUCUUGAAGAGAUCCAGAUUGUACCUACUCAUGCGGAAAUACGGAUUCGGGCAGGGCAUUCCACUACUUGGCAGUUCGCAUAAGAAAUGUCGAAGCAAAACUUCGUGCGUAUUUAUGGAAUACCUACCAUUAAGCGAUGAUGCCGGAGUGCCGAUUGUCUGGUAGUCCGAUGGUGAAAUGGGGACGGAGGAAUAUUGUUUGUGCAGUUCCUCGGCACACUCUCCGAAAUGUAUGUAUGUAAUGUAAUGUGUAGGUGUAGUACAAAAACGGAUGCGAUGCAAUCCGCGCGAAAGUGUCAAUUAAUUUGGGCCUAUACUAACUGCCCCUAGAAUGUGUAGUCGUGUCAAAAAUACACACGAUAUGUGCGUUGAUACUAGGACUGCUGUUACUACGGGGGUGUUAUAUACGCGUUGCCGUCCCUUUAAAAACAUGUACACUCCUUUUUUGAAGAACCCCUAUACUGUAGUCCCUCGGAAAAACCUCUGCAGGAAGCUCAUUCCACAGCCAGAGUGUCCGCGUCCUAUUUGUUUUUAUUUAUAUAAACAUCCCCAGAUAUUUAUGCACUGUGCCUCACUAAACCAGCAUCUAUCUUCACAAUACUGUCGUUUUGCAUUUACGAAGACCGUUACAGAAAGGUAGGUUUUAACCAAAGCGAAAUAGGAACGAAAAUAGUUCGGCGCGCCAUAAUGUUGAAAAUCACGACAUCAGUCAAGUAGUAAGCUGGCAAUAUUUUAACAGGGAAGAGUAAUUUUUGGGCACAAUUCCACACACGCUAUGUACUUGCGUCCCGCUCUAAUACAUUAGCUUUCAAGAGAAAGAAAGAGAACGCUGAUUUACUUUACGAUUAUUGGAACAAUCCCAUUUUACUUAUAGAUUAAUUCGUUCUAUUUGUAAGUCUUGGAGGUGGAGGUUUUUUUUAAGUAAGGAGUUGACCAGAAUAGCAAGACCUCUCACAAAUAGCUUUUAGUCCUUCUAGACUCUUCUAGCUCCAUAACCCCUUGAUCAAACCUGCUCAUAAUUUAAUGACUAAAAUAUAAUGCCCUCAACUACACGUUUACCUAAUAUCAUUUAAAUUAGGACACAUUUACUUAAGUUAUUAUCCAUCAAACUAUCCUCUGAUAGUUCAGCUUAAAAACAUCCAAAUGCCGGGACGUGCUCCUAGCCAGAGGUCCAUUUCUCGAACCAUAUUAGACUAAUAUUAUUAGUGUAUUGUCAUGGAAACCCUAGUCUAAUACCGUGCGAGAAAAGGCACUGUGUUUCAAGUUAAAUGUAACAACUUCACUACGCUUCGCUCGCUCGUUUGAUAAUAAAAUAUAUGUAUAUUUUACUC